AUUAAAAAAAAUUAAAAAGUGUUUUAAACAAAAAAAAAAAAAUUUUUUUUUACUAAAAAAAAAAAAAAAAUUUGGAGUGUUGAGUGAAAAUGACAGAAACUAAUGGAACGAAUAAUUCUAAUACCAAAAAUGGAAAUUUUAUCUGCGGAGUUGUCGAGGGAUUCUACGGGCGGCCAUGGACCUCCGAGCAGCGAAAGGACCUCUUCCAAAAAAUGAAAAAAUGGGGCAUGGAUUCAUAUUUGUACGCCCCAAAGGACGACUACAAGCACCGCGCGUUCUGGCGCGACCUCUACACAGUCGAAGAAGCGGAGCACUUAACAGGACUGAUAACUUCCGCUCGGGACUCUGGAAUUACCUUUUACUACGCUCUGUCUCCAGGUCUGGACAUAACUUACUCCAGCGUGAAGGAAGUAACAGCUCUGAAGCGGAAACUGGAGCAAGUUUCUCAAUUUGGGUGCACGGCUUUCGCCCUGCUCUUUGACGAUAUUGAGCCGGAAAUGUCCGAAGCUGACAAGGAAGUCUUCCAGUCGUUCGCCCACGCCCAGGUUUCGGUGACCAAUGACAUUUUCCAGCACCUGGGACAGCCGAAGUUCCUACUCUGUCCCACUCAGUAUUGCGCCACUAGAGCCAUGCCUAAUGUUCCCAGUUCCGAGUACUUGAAUACCCUAGGAAGCAAGCUUGCUCAGGAGAUUGAUAUCAUGUGGACCGGACCUAAGGUUAUUUCCAGGCUCCUUACUCCAGAGAGCAUUGAAGAGAUCACUGAGGUACUCAGAAGGCCGCCGGUUAUUUGGGAUAAUCUUCAUGCUAAUGAUUAUGAUCAAAAAAGAGUCUUUUUGGGACCUUAUUCUGGAAGAUCACCAGAUUUGAUCCCAAAAUUACGAGGUGUCUUAACAAACCCGAACUGUGAAUAUGGCGCCAAUUUUAUCGCAAUCCACACUUUAGCCCAAUGGAGCCGCUGCAACGUUGACGGAAAACGUGACCUGAGUCUCAACGACACAGUAUCAGCGGACAUAAAAUUAGAAACUGAAACUGAAGAUGGCGUAGUGGGGGAGGAUGUUCCGAGUACCUUAUCGCCGAACAUGUACCACCCACGACACGCCCUAAAAGCAGCUAUCAAAGACUGGCUUAUAGAAUUUUCCAAAAAAAAAGUCGCCUGGGGUGUGAUUGCAAAACCGCAGCCUGCAGUGGCGCCCUCUGUUCCAAUUCCGAUAAUUCCCUCAGUGAACACUUGUAUGAGUUUAACAGCGACCUCUACAGUGUCGACAGUAUCCACCGCGUCAAUUACCGCCUCAGGGAACACGAACCACCUAGCGGCGCUUGCAGAAGUUUGUUCCAGCGUCACGAGCGACUUUCCAGGGCCGACUGGUCCAGCUAUGAACAGCCUGGUGUCGGAUAAUAAAGUGGAACCGGUAGAUGUUAGCACUGGAACUUCAAAUUCCGUUCUUGGAACCGCCUGUUCCGAGAACGGACCUGGAACAGGUGGAAUUGUUGGAACAGCUGGAACGGUUGGAACAGGUGGAACAGAGGCUCAGAAACUUGGAACUGAAGAUGGAACCGGUUCCAGGAACCAACAAGAGAACCUGGAGUCUCCGGAAGUAACGGAACCGAUGGAUUGCAACACGACUCCGAGCAAUUCACCCAGUCAGACGGUCAAGGAUGACGAGGCUAUGGUCGAGAACACCUCCACCUGCAGUGGAACAUCCGGAAGUAUGCAAGUUGAGGAGGUCAAUGGAACUCAGAUGAUUGUUGAGACAGAUGGCGUUGAUGGAGAAGGGGGGAAGGAUAAGGACAAAAUGCUUACGAUAGAAGACCUUGGAUUGCUCUGUGACCUGUUUUAUUUGCCGUUUGAACAUGGUGGACAGGGGAUUCAGGUUCUUCAGGAAUUUAAUUGGUUGAAGAGUAAUGCGCAUGUUAUGUUGAAGAAGAAGGAUGAGAAUUGCAAGGCUGAUUACGAAGAAUGGUUAUCAAGAGCUGCAAAAUUCAACGACAUGUGUGAAGCAGUGAACCGCCUGUUCCAGCGAAUGACUUACUGUGACAACCGAGAACUUCUCUACGACCUGUACUCCUAUAUCUGGGACAUGAGAGGCGUAAUCUCCCUUCUUAAUUCGUAUGUCAAAUGGCUGGCAUUUGGAAAAUUCCAGUCAUCGAUGACGACGUUUACUCAAGGCAGCUACACAUGGUUCUCUAAUGGGUGGAAAGAAACUUUCAUGAGUGGUGAUCAGGAGCCAUGGGUUUUUCGGGGUGGAUUAACUGCAGAUUUACAGAGAUUAAUACCAGUAGACAGUGGAAACGAUUUGUUUGUCUACAAAGCUCCAGAAGUUCCAACCAGUAUCAUCUACACCGUCAGACCUUACUUACCUUCUGAUGAGGAUGCAGUUUACGCCCUUUGUAACCGGAUUACUGGAGUUACGGGAACUUCUGCGGUGGCUGACAGGUUGGUCGGCGGGUUCUUGACAAUAAGCCCCGAGUUCUGUAUGGUGGUUGAAGAUGACUCUGGCCUCGUAGGCUACGCACUGACGGCGCUUAAUAUUAAAACUCACUACAAGAAAAUGGCCGUUGCUUGGAUCCCGGAAUUAAAGGUUAAAUAUCCUUUGGAAGAUAUUACCAACGAUCUUCCUGAAAGUGUUCAGGAGGCUAUAAGAUACUUUCACUCGUUUUCUCCGGAGGUUCCAGAGCAAUUAUCACAGCAGUUCCCAUCUUUAGUGAUGUGUUCCUUACUACCAACAGUAACGGACCAAUCAAUAGCCAAGAGACUGAUAACCUGCUCACUGGCGGCGCUGCGAGCAAACGGAUCUUUUGGGAUCCACACGACCAUAAGCGCAAUGGACAAAGAAUCCCAUGAGUUUUAUGGGAAGCUAGGGUUCGUAGACUACAACCAGGGUCAGGAGGAGCUUCCAGGCGUGGUCACAAUGUCACGGAGCUUCUAACACAAGGCUAACUCCGCGGUUGUUUUUAUAAACAAACUAUAUUUGCUUAAUUCACUGCCCGGUAUUAAUCACCCCAAGCUCCUCCUCGAUCCCACUAACCUCUAACCCCCCCACCACUUUUUGAUGGUCUGGGCCCAUAACCUGGUUCAUAUCCGUAAUCAGCAUUUUUUACCCGGUAACCUUUUUUUUACUGAU